CAACCACGACACUCCUACAUUCUCGAAGCUUCCAGUUACAUCCCAGCGUCCCAAUCUAUAAAUCCACACUAAUUGAUCCGGGUACGGCAAUGAUCUGACGCCGGCAUUCCAUCCUGGCGUCUCGGAAGCGUGCCUAUGCGGACCGUACUACCGGGGCGACCUCCAGCGAAGCUCCAAGCUCUCAGCACCGCGCUGUGGGAUGGCAGUCGCAUUGUUGCUUAUGUUUCGGGCUGCGCGCUCGUGAUCCUCGAAGGCCCUCACCGGAUCCUACAGACAAUCUACUUGGAUGAUGCCGAUUCCCUUGAGGCUGUGGUAGUUGAAGAGUCUUCCGGGAAGAUUGCAGUGUGCAGUUGGCAAAAUGUAUUCAUAUACGAGCCAUAUAGAGUUGGAGCAGAUAGGCCAAAGUGGAGCUUAGCGUGCAGCUUUCGAGCCUCUGACCGUGACGAAGACCCUGUGAAAACCCUGUCGUGGGGUUCCUCCGAUGAGCUCCUUGUGGGCAGCGGCCGACUCAAGUUAUGGCUACUUACGGAUUCGCCGCGCACCAUUUGGACAACCGAGCUUGGAAGCCCAGUCAAAUUAUCACUAUUCUCCCAUGAUGCAGCGCUAAUAGCAUCCACUGGCUGGUACGAUAGACUAGUGAAGAUAUGGAGACGGCUCUCCUUCGCAGCUGACGAUGUUCGCUUUGACGUAUCUUACCUUCACCAUCCUACGACCGUGACCGGAAUGCAUUGGAGGCGACCGCAUCACCGAGAACAGUCUAUGGAAAAUGUACUCUACACAAUCUGUGCGGACAAUAAAAUACGGAUAUGGGCUCCCAUGGAACGCCACGGUCCUUCGGUCCUUCAACUCUGGAAUGAAAUUGACAUGGCCGCGUCGAUUCAGCCGAGGCAUCUCGUCCAGACAGAACAGGCUACGAGGCGAUAUGGAUUCAUUAUCGAUAGCCGGGACUUUGCUUUAGCUAUGGAGCGUGUCGUGCAGUGUGAAAACCUGCACGAUAAGAAUCAUCAAGCCCUCGAACACCUCCUCGAAGUUGCAUCAAAGAACCCCGAGAUUUGUGUUGUAUUGGACGGUAAAGGUCAUAUGUGCGCCUGGGGGCUUGAGAAUGUUGGCUCUAAGGUCCGAUCGUCCGCGAACAUUUUCAAUAUUGCUCAUGUAGAAGGCUUGCAUUUGUCUCUCCCCUCAGAAGCUCUUCCUCAUGAAGACUAUGCUCAAUUCUAUCCGUUUUCCGGCGGGGUAUUUGACGACUCCUUUACAAUUCUUGCUCAUUAUUUCGAUGGGCGGAUCGAGUGGUUGGAUUCCAAAAUACAUAUACUCUUUGACCCAACUCCAAGAAAGCGGAGGUUGAUUUCAAGAGCUAUCUGGUCGGGUCAUGGAGGCGCGAUAAAGAAAAUUGUCCGCACACCGGUUGGAAAGAUGUUAAUAUCUCGUACGGACGAUAAUAAGGCAACGAUUUGGCGCCAACGAUCUGCCAGCGCCGGUCCCGUUCUCGUCCAGCAGAGUUCUCUUCUGUCUGACCUGCACAUCCACCGAACUCUGCUAUUAGAUGAUGGAAAAUUUCUCGUGAAUCUACAUCAUAAUGCCGUCUCGUUCUGGGAUGUCCGUCCAUUCCACGGAACAAUGCUUGAGAAAUGCGAUUUUCAACUAAGUAGCAAGCCGUUAUGCGUUUUGCUGAUACCCACAACAGAUGCCAAAUCCUCGACGGUGUAUAUAGCGGCAAUCGGGGUUGAUAUGGCCGGAAUUGCCUGGGAAAUCGAUCUUCCUCCCGAUGACGGUUAUGUUAAUGGGACCGAUGGAGUCAAUGGAAACCGCAGAUACUUACGACAAUUCUGCACCUUCAAUCUCGGAGUGGAAGAAGAUGUUUCGUACAUCAUUCCCGUUGACCCUGCAGGCAGUCGAGUGAAAAUAUCUGGGUUUCUAGAUCUCUUUGCUACCGAUAUCGCUCUUUCAUACACUCACGGCGGAACAGUCAGGACGUGGACGGCCAAAGUCGACAAACAAAAUCAGAAAAUUGACUGGCUAUUAACAUCCACUGUUGAAACAGGGAUCGUCAAUCCUUCACUCGCAAGUGCGACGUCAAUGCGUAAGGCUGUACUUGUCGACCAAGAUCGGACACAUCUAAGUAUCUGGGAUACAAACGGUGCACAGUUGGAAUUCGAAGAGCACUUUUCGCAGCAAGAUAUUAUCCGAGACCUAGACUGGACAUCUACUCCAGAUGUGCAGUUUAUACUUGCUGUCGGGUUCCCGCGAAAAGUGGUACUUCUUUCGCAAUUGCGGUAUGAUUAUCUUGAUGCAGGUCCUUCUUGGGCCCAGAUUAGAGAGAUCCGAAUCCAAGAUCUUACACCACAUCCGAUCGGAGAUUCUUGUUGGUUGGGCAAUGGAAAUCUUGUCGUUGGGGCCGGAAAUCAAUUAUUUGUAUUUGACAAGUUCAUCGAAGCAAGUCAUUCAAUGGUCACUGGGCUUCGAAUUCGGCCUCAUAAAUCUGCCUACGUCGAUUUGUUCCAUGUUGUCAGCAGGCUGAAUGGCCCACUGCCUGUAUUCCACCCGCAGUUCCUCGCCCAGUGCAUUCUUUGCGGGAAGGCUACCCUGGUACAUUUAAUACUCACCAGUCUUCAUCGAAAGUUGAAAUUUUUUACCGAAGGAGAUGAUAUUGACAACUUUUUGGAUAUACCACUUGAUCGCAUUUACAAGGAUUCAGAUACCUUGUACCAGAUAACCUGGAAGGACAUGCGCUCUUCUAGUACGGACUACUCGUUUGAAGACGACUCUCAUGUAUUGGACGAAACGGCUGCCACUUCAAUGAAUGAAUACCUGGCCCGAAUUGCCCUUCCCCAGCUCUCAAGUACGGAGCAGUUCCGUCUGGUAAAUAUUGUGGAAUGCGUGGCCACUGUUGAGAAACACCGUCGUUCAAUGGACGAUAAUGCAGCACGAUAUUUUGUCUUCUUCCGACAGCAUAUGCUCCGAAGAAGCCAGCACCUGCCAGAGCUUUCGACUAUUUCCUGGCGAGAAAUCGUCUGGGCAUUUCAUAGUGAUAGCCAUGAAAUCCUUACCGAUUUGGUGUCUAGGCAGUUCCAUGGGAGGAUGCUCUGGGAAAAUGCCAGAGAAAGCGGUCUUUUCAUGUGGAUUACUGACAUCAAUGCAUUGCGAGCGCAACUCGAGGUUGUUGCACGUAAUGAAUACAGAAAGACAGACGAGAAGAAUCCCAUUGACUGCAGUCUGUUUUAUCUGGCGCUGAGAAAGAAAAAUGUUCUGCAAGGACUCUGGCGCAUGGCAAGCUGGCACAGCGAGCAAGCGGCUACAUAUAAGCUGUUGUCAAAUAACUUCAAAGACCCGCGCUGGCAGUCGGCGGCUUUAAAGAAUGCUUAUGCGCUACUCGGAAAGCGAAGAUUCGAGUACGCAGCCGCUUUUUUCCUACUUGCAGAUCAUCUACGAGAUACUGUAUACGUGUGCAUAAAUCAGCUUAAGGAUGUCCAACUUGCAAUUACUAUUGCGCGUGCAUAUGAAGGCGAUUCUGGCCCAGUGCUUAAGGAGAUUCUUGAAGAGAAAGUCCUCGUGGACGCUGCAACCCAAGGCAAUCGAUGGAUGGCAACAUGGGCCUUCUGGAUGCUAAAUAGACGAGACAUGGCGGUACAGGCGUUAAUUUCACCUGUUGAAGCACUUCUACCUCCCACACCUGCCUCUCCUGGUAGCUCCACCGGAGUCACAUUACACGCAAAGUCCUAUUUAUCCAACGACCCGGCUCUCGUCGUCCUCUACAAACAGCUCCGUGAAAAGACCCUCCAAACCCUUAAGGGAGCUUCCAGGGUCGCAGCUCGAGACGAAUGGGAAUUUGUUCUCCGCAAUGCUCGUCUAUAUGACAGAAUGGGUUGCGAUAUACUGGCCUUGAACCUUGUCCGCGACUGGGAGUUUUUGACACCACCUCCAGUCGAAAAGCUUCCAUCACGCUUAUCGAUGGGCCUGGCGGAGAACAUUCCUGAUCCUAGUAAGCUGCUUCGGCGACGAAGCAGUUUGGUGGUCGCGGACAUGCCGUUGUCUCUGAGCGUGUCGGAUGAGAUGAGAAAGGCGGUGGUGAACGCUGCUGAUCAGCAGGCUCCUGCCGGUAUCUAUGGCGCACACCCUCGGCCUACCACGUUCGAAGAACCAGACGCGAGUUCUUUGCUUGAUAGUUUUGGAUUUUAGGUGGGAUCGCUUCUGGCGCUUUCUUUUGUUAUUUUUGGAUGGCUGCAUCAUGUCGUCGGUGUUUAGACGGAUGGAGUUUUACGGUUAUCCGCUUGCGAGUUGACCUUGUAACUAUAUCACUUCCUAUCAUUGAAAUCUCCCUAUGCACUCCCGU